UUGUACUUUUUCUGCUGAAUCCCGUUUGAUUUUUUGAUCAAACUGGGCGCCAGGUAAGUAUAUCUUGUGGUUUUAUUUAGGAGGGAGCAUAUGCAUCAUGUUGGUCCCCAUAUUCACUCUCAAGCUGAGCCAUAAAAUAAACCCUCGAAUGGUGACGUUAGGAAAAUUUGAUGGCGUCCACCCGUGCCUCACUGCAGCCACACAAGCUGGAAAGGUUUUUAUACACAACCCUCACACUCGUGCUCCAAAACCUGCAUCUCACCGACUGAGCCAAAGCACUGAAGAUUCAGAUGUGUCUUUACUUAACAUCAACCAGGCAGUCACUUGUCUGACUGCAGGUCCUCUUGGCACAAACACUGCCGGUGACACACUCUUGGUGGGAUCUCAGACCAACCUGCUGGCUUAUGACGUCCAUGACAAUACCGAUAUCUUCUACAAAGAGGUGUCCGAUGGGGCCAAUGCAAUCGUCCUGGGAAAUCUUGGGGACAUCCCGAGUCCUCUUGCCAUCAUUGGAGGGAACUGUGCCAUACAAGGCUUUGAUUGCCUGGGCAAUGACCUCUUCUGGACUGUAACAGGAGAUAAUGUGAGAUCGCUUGUGCUCUGUGAUUUCACUGGGGAUGGCAAAAAUGAGCUCCUGGUUGGAUCUGAGGAUUUUGACAUCAGGGUUUUCAAAGAGGAUGAGCUUGUGUCUGAGAUGACUGAAAAUGAGACAGUAACAGCACUGUGUCACAUGCACAGCAGCCGGUUUGGUUACGCCCUGGCCAAUGGCACUGUGGGAGUCUAUGAUCGCAACUCUCGGUACUGGAGGAUCAAGUCAAAAAAUCAUGCAAUGAGCAUCCACGCCUUUGACCUGAACGCUGAUGGGGUUGUUGAGCUCAUCACUGGCUGGUCCAAUGGAAAGAUUGACGCUCGAAGUGACCGCACAGGCGAAGUCAUUUUCAGAGACAACUUCUCAUCCUCUAUUGCCGGAGUAGUUGAGGGAGACUAUAGAUUGGAUGGGCAGAAGCAACUCAUUUGUGCCUCUGUAGAGGGAGAAGUCCGUGGCUACCUGCCUGCUGGAAAAGAGCUGAAAGGCAAUCUCAUGGACUCCAGUGCUGAACAGGACCUCAUUAGAGAGCUCAGUCAUCGCAAACAGAAUCUAUUGCUGGAGCUCCGCAAUUAUGAAGAGAAUGCAAAGGGUGUGUCGGACAGCACAGGUGGGAUUCCAGCCAACACUCAGCUCCAAACAGCUCUCACAGUACAAGCUGCAACUGAGGUCCAAAAAGCCCAUGUGGAGCUCAGCAUCACAACGCCAAAUGAAACCAUAAUCCGCGCAGUACUCAUCUUUGCAGAGGGUAUUUUUGAGGGUGAGAGUCAUGUUGUUCACCCCAGUGUCCAGAACCUGUCAGGUUGUGUUCGAGUCCCCAUCGUACCUCCUAAAGACAUACCGGUAGAUCUGCACAUCAAAGCAUUUGUCGGUGGCAGAACCAGCACUCAGUUUCACGUGUUUGAAAUCACUCGACAGCUGCCGCGUUUCUCCAUGUAUGACAUUGCAGUCAAACCCUCAGCUCCAGCUCCCACCGGAAAAGUCACUUUCACCAUCAAUGACCGGCCACAGCGGGUCACAAUGUGGUUGAACCAAAACUUCCUGCUGCCUGUGGGAGUAGAUAGUCCUGACGUUACAUUUAGUUCACUCCGGGGAGGUGGACUGCUGUCCAUCAGUAUGGCCUCUAAUGGACAGAUCACUCUGCAAACAGACGAUAUCGACCUGGCGGGCGAUCUGGUCCAAUCACUGGCCUCUUUCCUGGCUAUCGAGGAACUGUCAGCAGAGGCAGACUUCCCAACUUAUUUUGAGGAUCUUCAAACCACACUCACUGAGGUGGAUGAGUUCCAUGCAGUCCAUCAGAAGUUAACUAUGGAAAUGGCUGACCACUCCAACUUCAUCAAGAGCAUGCUAGUGCAAGCAGAGGAUGCUCGCUUGAUGGGUGACAUGACUUCCAUGAAGAAGCGUUACAGAGACCUAUACGAUCUAAACCGAGAUCUUCUCAGCGAGUAUAAAAUUCGCUGUAAUAAUCACAAUGCUCUGCUGGCCUGUCUCAAGUCUGUCAACCAGGCCAUUCAGCGAGCUGGUCGACUCCGAGUGGGUAAACCAAAGAACCAAGUCAUUUCAGCAUGCCGGGACGCCAUCAAGAGCAAUAACGUCAACGCACUCUUGAGAGCCAUGAGAGCUGGCGUGGCUGCCUCUUGAAAGUGAUGCAAGGCUUGAAUAUGUGCUAGAUUGUUUAACUGCCAAAUUAUAUUUGUCAUUUAAUUUGUUUGUGCAAAUCACAAUUAGUGAAAGAAACUGAACACAAAACAUGCAUACAAUAAUAAUAAUAAUGAUAAUAAUAAUAAAUCAAACAAAUUAAAUGACAAAUAUAAUUUGGUAGUUAAAGAUUGGAUUGCAGAGAGCCAUCCAUGUCAGUCAAGUGUUGUGUGUAGCUAGUCCAUCAGUAUGGCGUGUAUGAGACAGCAGCUAGAAUAGAAAACUGUAAACGGUUCAGUGUAGGAGCCAGCUCGCAGUUUUACAGGAAUGGCAUUUAACUGUCAAGGUAAUGCUGACUAUCAAAUCACAUUAUUUAUUUUUCUGAGUGGGAAGUACUAAAUAUUUUAAAGACGCAGUUUGUAGUAUUACCACUGCCAUAGAAUUCAAACACAAUUAAAGAACAAAAUGUUUGUGGGGAGAUCUAUUCUUUAGUCAUCCCAAGCAUUCAAAAUAUUGUAUUCAAAUGUGACAAUGCACAAAAUAACCCAUCCAGCCAGCCUGUUACACUGUGAAUGUAUCCCCAGCCUAUAGCAUUGGUAUGAUAUUCUGAGAUGCAUUAACUAGCAUUAUCAACUUCAAUUCCGAACUUUUUUUUUUCUUAUUCCAGCUAUGUCAAAAAUGUGUCUGUUGUCACAUGAGGGACUUUUGAGUUGGAAUGAGCAAUUGAAAGGCGGUUUAAAAGUUAUUAGUGUGCCAGGUUCCAGAAUCUGUUGCACAUUGGUCAAAAAAGGCCUAGUAAUGGCUCAAAUUGUCAUGUUUGUGUUACCACAAAAAAAAACAGCAAACGCCAGCUAUGACUGUUUUGCUGACUCAGUAAUGUUUUAAGACAAAGGGGAAACCCAUUGGGAACAUUGUUGCAUAUUAGCUCCGUGUUUGUAGCCAAAGAAAACAUUCAGUGUCACAGAUGAUGAUGUGUUUACUUUUUCUAAAUUAUGUUUGUCGAUGUCCUUUUGUGAAGAUUAAACUAACCAUUGUUUUAA